AUGAUCGACCUCGGCCUGGCGCGCAUCGGCCGCCUGGUGCAGCAAACGCCACAGACCUGGAAGGCGAUCCAUGUCGCCGGGACCAACGGCAAGGGAUCCAUCUGCGCCUACCUGUCAGCCAUGCUCUCAGCGAGCGGGCUCACCCACGCACGCUUUACUUCGCCUCAUCUCAUCGACCGUUGGGAUUGCAUCGCCAUCAACGGCAAGCCUGUGUCUGAAGCCGUCUUCCGCGAUGCUGAGGAAGUUGUCAAGCAGCGUGACCGCGAGGGAAAAGUUGGCGCGACUGAGUUCGAGCUUUUAACGGCGACAGCGUUCGAGCUGUUCCAUCGGCAUCGGGUCGAGUAUGGCGUUGUUGAGGUCGGGCUUGGAGGUCGCUUAGACGCGACCAAUAUCUUGCAGCAGAAAGCUGUGACGGUCAUCGCCAAGAUCGGCGUCGACCAUCAAUCCUUCCUGGGCAACACCAUCGAGGAGAUUGCGCUCCAAAAAGCGGGCAUCAUGCACUCUGGCGUGCCCUGCGUCGUCGACCCGAGCAAUCAGCCCUCAGUCCUGCGCGUUUUGGAGGAACAUGCCCGCGAGGUCGGGGCUUUGCUGCAUUUCCCUGUUAUCGAGAGCAUCGAGGGUACGCUCGCGGCAGAGGGUUUCGAGUUGCACCAGAUUCAGAACCUGGCGUGCGCCCAUUUAGCUUUCCGGCUAGCCUGCCCCGAGCAUGACUAUCCCCUGGCGCAGCUCCUCCCCGCGAUCAAGGCGACCCAGUGGCCGGGCCGCCUGCAGCAUCUGAACCUGCAGAAACUCACUGGCCGGUCGAAUCCCGUCCUCCUCGACGGCGCGCACAACUCCCAGUCCGCCGAGGUCCUAGCUGCUUACGUCGAUAAGCACUUCCGCGCCAAGGGCAAGCAGCCUGUGACGUGGGUGCUGGCCGCGACGCGGGGUAAGGACGUAGGCGGGAUCUUUGGUCUUCUCCUGAAGCCAGGUGACCGGGUUGCUGCCGUGCAGUUUGGCCCCGUCAACGGCAUGCCCUGGAUCAAGCCCGUCAUUCCGGCAUCGCUGCUGCAGGUAGCCGUUGAGCAGGGUGUCGAAAAGGCGGCGCUGCAUGAUGCCGGGGAUGAUGUCAGGGGCGCCUUGAGCUGGGCGGUCCAGGCUGCUGGGGACGGGCCGGUGGUUAUUGCGGGGAGUCUGUAUUUGGUUUCGAGUGUGCUGAGGCUAUUGAGGGAGACAUGA